CUUUCCCAAGAUGUCACAGAGCAGCGGUCGAGUAGAAGAUGGCAUAGCAAAUAACAAGGAGAUGCUGUUUCAUGUUUCAACAGUCAGCUUGUUUUAAAAAAGUUUAGGAUUUGAGCUAAUAAUUGAUCACAUAUGCUUGUUGCUUUUAGUAUUGUUCAUGUUUUAUUGUACUCUGUAGUUUAUCACACAAUUGAAAGACUGUCAAAAAUGGAGCCUGUUACCUCCACUGAAAACCUCUCAUCUGAGAGUUUAAGCCACACAGGCCUCUUGUCUCAGAUGGGAUACACAAUAUUGGCCAUUAUCAUGGGAGUGCUCUCUUUGGCGGGAAUCAUCCUCAACAUCCUUGUGAUUGUGGUGACAGCGAGACACAGAAAGUUAAGGCAGCCGUUGAGCUAUGCUCUGUUUAACCUUGCUGUAUGUGACCUGGGCUGCGCUUUGUUUGGAGGGCUACCUACAACAUUCAACGGCAUCAUGGGACAGUUCAGCCUGGGACGGUUGGGCUGCGUGUUUGGGGGCUUUGCUGUCGCCUUUUUUGGUAUAUCAGCUCUGUGUACAGUGGCUGUUAUUUCUGUUGAACGUUACAUUGUGGUGUGUUAUCCUAUGGGAGCUGUUCUUUUCCAGACCAGGCAUGCGGUGGCAGGCGUGGUUCUUUCCUGGGUCUGGUCAUUUGUGUGGAACACCCCACCUCUGUUUGGGUGGGGAAGUUUUGACCUUGAAGGGGUUCAGAUUUCCUGUGCACCUAACUGGUAUAACCGUGAUGCUGCCAACAUGUCCUACAUCAUCCUCUACUUCUCUCUAUGCUUUGCGGUGCCUUUUUCAGCUAUCAUGGUGUCCUAUUCCAAACUUUUAUGGACCCUUCGUCAGGUCUCUAAACUGCAAACAUCUGAGAGCGGAAGCACUUAUCGUGUGGAGAGGCAGGUUGCUCGCAUGGUUGUGGUGAUGAUCCUGGCUUUCCUCAUCACAUGGCUGCCUUAUGCAGCAAUGGCCUUGGCCGUGAUCAUGGACCCCAGUCUUAAUAUAGACCCCAUCGUCGCCACCAUACCUGUUUAUUUAGCCAAAAGCAGCACCAUCUACAACCCCAUCAUCUACAUUUUCAUGAACAGACAGGUAACCCUUCAUUUAUUUGAACACAUAAACAACCACACAGCUACAAACCAUGAGCUGUCUGUCUUUCAGUUUCGUGGCUGUGCUAUUGCUGUUCUUCAGUGCGGAUGGAGCCCGUGGCCCUCUGAAGCCCAAAUAUCCGAUGCUGCCACCAUUGUAGCAUCAGUCAACAAAAACAACAAAGCUGUAGUGGAACAAUCUCCAAAAGAAUAAAACUUUACCUGAUCCUUUGGAUUCAAUUGUGAAUUAUGCAGUUUGUAAGACACUACAGAAAGAUACAGUCAAAAAUGAAGAAAGAAAAAUAUUAAAUCAUUUGUUAAAAAGUUCAAAGACCAAGCUGCUUUUUGACCUAAUCUAAGGUUUUUGAUUGAUUUGUUUAUGUUGUUUUUUUCUGAGUGUUGGCCAGGUAGGAAAUAUUCAUGUAUUCAUGAAAUGUAUUGUCGUUAGGUUUACUGUCAAUUUACAAUUCUGGUCAUUUUUGAGUCCUACCCUUUAAGGUUAAAACAAAUAAUAUGGUGGGUUCUGUUGCCUUGCAGUGUUUGCUUUAAUACAAGGGGAGCCCUGAUGCAUAAUAACCUUGAAUUAAAGGGAUAAUAGACAGCAUCAAACAGGACAGGGCACAAAUACAAAUAUGUAUUCUUGAUUAAACUUAAAAUUUCAUCAUUAACAUCUAUAUUCAUUUUAUUCAACCAUUUGGCUUUAAGUUCAAAGCCAGCUGAAAUUAAAAAGCUUCCUAUAGAUUCAUUUUAAAAAUUCUAUACUUUUGUUCAUACAUAGAUUUCAAAAUUUGCACCAAGAUUUUUUUUUUAUCAUUCUGGGAAUUUAGGUACAGUAAAUUUAAAUUCUUACUUAAAAAAAAAAAAAAAAAGAUCAAUUAUUUGCUCCAUGCUCAGAGUAAUGUAAUUAAAUUGCCAAUACUCAGUUCUUUCAAAUUAAGUAUUUCUAAGCAGAAUCAAAUUUGAGUGUACAGCAUUUGCAAUUCAGAUCUUCCAACCACCUUCAUUGAUGUAUCUUAUUACAGUACGUUCAUAAUGCGGACCAACCUUUAUCACUUUUAUAAGACAUUCAGUUUUAUUGCUGGGGUUUUGUGUAUUUAGCUUGAAAAUAAAAACAGUUAUCUUUAUUGCAGAGUCACCCAUUAAAAUAAAUAA